AUGGCAAAAAACGACGAUACCUUUGGUCUCGAUGACGAUGACGACUAUGUUCCUUAUAUACCUAUCAAACAAAGGCGUGAAGCCAAAUUUCAGAAGCUUGUAAGCCAGAGACGUCUUCCUGAACAGCAAAAUCCAGCUGAGGUAGACGAAGAGAUCGAAGAUUCUCACAAAGCUGGUCCCAAAGCCAAUGUGAGUUUGAUCGAUCAAGCGGUAGAGGUCAAAAAACAAAAAAUGUUGGAAGAUUCGGUAAAGACUGACGCUGAAAAGAAACUCGAAGAGGAAAAGGCUAUAAUGGAAGCCGUUGCUCAGAAAAAGCUUUUAGCAUCUGAUCGAGAACUCGCAAAAGGCAUUAUUUACACAAACUCUAUGAAGACUACAUGGAGACCACCUCGUCAUAUCGUUGAAGCCCCUCAAAGAGAACAUGAUUCCAUAAGGCAGAGGUAUCAUAUUCUUGUUGAUGGUGAAGAUAUUCCACCACCAAUAAAACACUUUAGGGUUCGUAUAUUACCCAAGUUACAUGGUACUCAAACGGAUAUGAAAUUUCCACCAGCGAUAUUGAAAUAUUUAAAAUCUAAGAGUAUUAACCGACCUACGCCGAUUCAAGUUCAAGGCCUUCCAGUGGUAUUGUCUGGCCGAGACAUGAUCGGAAUUGCAUUUACAGGGUCUGGAAAAACCUUGGCUUUUUCAUUACCAUUGAUCAUGUUUGCUUUGGAAGAAGAAGUAAAACUCCCAUUAAUUAGAGGAGAAGGUCCUAUAGGAAUGAUAGUGUGUCCUUCGCGUGAAUUAGCACGACAAACAUAUGAAAGUAUUUGUGCAAUGAAUGAGUUCUUAGUUUUGGAUGGCUAUCCAAAGUUACGAAUUCUUUUAUGUAUUGGUGGCAUAUCGAUGUCAGAACAAUGGAAUACAUUAUCGGAUGGAAUUCACAUUGUAGUUGCAACUCCUGGUAGAUUAAUGGAUAUGCUAGAAAAAAGGAAAUUUAAUUUAGAUUUAUGCAAGUAA